ACGAAAAAGAAGAGGACAAUUCUCCAUUAAUAUACAGAACGUAUAAAAUAUAUACAUAUUGUGUAUAUUCAUGGCGGAAGAACAGCAGCAAGGAGUGAAGGCUUCUGCUUCUGUAGACCCAACACCAUUGGCGGUUGCAGAGAUGGGAAAGAGUUCAGACCCAUUGCCAACUUCGAUCCCAUCAUGGUUUACACCCAAAAGGUUGCUGUUUAUCUUUUGUGUUAUCAAUAUGUUAAAUUAUAUUGAUCGAGGAGCAAUAGCCAGCAAUGGUGUGAAUGGUAGUCGCAGAACUUGCUCGAAAAGUGGAAAGUGCAUACCCGCUAGUGGAAUACAGGGAGAAUUUAACUUGAAUAAUUUUAAAGAUGGAAUUCUGUCAUCUGCGUUCAUGGUUGGCCUUCUUAUUUCUUCUCCAGUUUUUGCAUCAUUAGCAAAGAGUGUUAAUCCCUUUAGACUUAUUGGAAUUGGAUUAUCAGUUUGGACCACUGCUGUAGUUGGUUGUGGCUUUUCAUUCAAUUUCUGGUUCAUCUCUGUCUGCCGCAUGCUAGUUGGUGUGGGUGAGGCAUCGUUUAUAAGUCUAGCAGCACCAUUCAUUGAUGACAAUGCACCAGUUUCUCAGAAAUCAUCAUGGCUUGGUAUAUUUUACAUGUGCAUACCAACUGGAUUUGCUGUUGGAUAUGUUUAUGGUGGGGUGGUUGGAAAACAUUUAGGUUGGCGUUAUGCAUUCUGGGGGGAGGCUAUCUUGAUGCUUCCCUUCGCUAUUCUAGGUUUUGUCAUGAAGCCUUUGCAACUAAAAGAUACAAAGGUUUCAAGUGGCAAAGAUAGCACAUUGUCCACAAAGGAAGAAUUUAGUGAUAAAAGUUCCAAAAAGAAUUCCGAGCUGAAAGGUCAAUUAUUUGAUCCAAAUCAGUUUCCUAGAUUUGCAAAAGAUAUGAAAGUGCUUCUGUGUGAAAAGGUUUUUGUUGUCAAUGUUCUAGGUUAUAUUGCCUACAACUUUGUUAUAGGUGCAUACUCUUAUUGGGGGCCUAAGGCUGGUUAUUUUAUUUAUAAUAUGAGGAAUGCAGAUAUGAUAUUUGGAGGGAUGACUAUUUUCUGUGGAAUAUUGGGUACUCUAGCUGGAGGUUUUGUUCUUGAUUUUAUGUCUACCUCAAUUUCCAAUGCUUUUAAGCUGCUUUCAGUGGCAACAUUUAUUGGGGCAGUCUUUUGUUUCACUGCCUUUUGUUUAAAGAGCAUGUAUGCAUUCCUAGCUCUUUUCGCAGUUGGUGAACUACUGGUCUUUGCCACACAGGGUCCCGUAAAUUUUGUAUGUCUCCACUGUGUUAAACCAAGUUUGAGACCACUAUCCAUGGCUAUCUCAACCGUUUGCAUCCACAUAUUUGGGGAUGUUCCUUCCUCACCACUUGUUGGGGUUCUCCAGGAUAAAGUCAACAACUGGAGGAUGACUGCUCUUAUUCUAACAGCAAUUUUGUUUCCAGCAGCAGGGAUAUGGUUUAUUGGAAUAUUGCUACACGGUGUGGAUCGAUUUGAAGAAGAUAGUGAAGGACGAGUCACCAAAACUGAAAGAUCAAACACAACAUCCUUCCUUGAAGGAAAGGCUGCUGAGCAACGAGAACCUUUGGCCGAACCCUAACUGCUUAUUUCCACAAAGUCAAGCAUUAAUCUUUUAUAGAUAGUGUUGCUGUGGAUAAACUUGUUUCAUAUAUAUUAGGUUUCCACAGUAUAAUUAGAAUUCAAGGUUCAUAAUUUUAAGUUGCAGAUUGGCUAUCCAGAAUAUGUUUUCAUGUUUUAUGCCCGUUGAAUAACAGGCUAUAAGAAGUCUGAGGAUUCUCUUGUAAAGAGACACGACCGCUUGAAUCUAAUUUUUAUUGUAAACAAUCACACUAUUAGGUGUGUUCUUAAUGGAAGUUGAUUCAUUUUUCGGAGGAUGCUUAUGCCAAAUUAUCAAUGAUGUAGACUUGGUAUCUAUUUUGAAGAACAACAAUAAAGAACAAGUUUGCCG